AUGUGUUUAUUGUUGCAGAUAAUGACAAUGUUCAGUGGACAUCCAACAGCUAUCAAUGCUGAAAGUAAUAAGAGUAAGAAACCAGAAGAAUGGACACAUAGGUUUACCCAGAAGCUGAUGUCAAUGGAAGAUGCUUUGUCUGUACUGUAUGAUGGUCUGGAAAAGGAUGAUAGUGGCAGUGUCACAGAUGCAACACUCACUGAUAGAUCAUUUCUGGAGGUAGCCACAGAUUUCCUUCAACACUGCCAGAAUCUUAUCUGCAUGAUCAGUGAACCAACGAAUGGACCUGUAAGGCUACCACUGGGUCUGUUGUUAGAUGUUGUUUCAAGGUGUCUUAGAGUGGCAUAUAUUGAUGUGACAGCAGUGCCCUCCAUGUCUGAACUAGCUGGAAUUCUGCCAGAACUUCAUAGAGCAACUUUAGAGAUACUUUCUCAGCUGGUGCUGAGUUGCAAGACAAGUGUCCUUCCACACAGUAGAGUGAUCAUUGAUCUGUGCAUGCAAGCCCUAACUUCUGCAAGACACAUGGAGAUUUCAGAGAGAAGCAAGACACGGGCAUGUACUUAUCAAGUGCUGUGCUUACUAGUACGGAUGUUUGGAUGGGGGAAGUACAUGACACGUCAGUGUAAGUCUUUCAUUCAGGAGCUGACAGCAGAUAUCAAGUGGGAGAAUUCAGCUAAACAGUCCUCAACUGCUGCCACUCAAAACAGUAAUAAAAGACAGCAAGAUACAGUUCAAGGAAAGAAAAAAGGAAGGAAGAAGAAAAAUAAAGCAGAAUCUUAUGUUGAUUUGGUAAAGACAAAUGGAACAGAAGACAAGAAUGCCACAGAUGAUGAUCCUAAUGAUCUACAGAUGAUUAUUGGAGCUUUGGAAUAUACCUCAGAAGUCUCUAGGGCAGAAAUUGGACAAGGACAAAUAUUGAAAACUUUUUACUUACAGAGCUUGAUGAGAUGUAUUGUAGACACAGCCCAGAUGUUUUAUCAUGAAGAACCACCUGCAGAUUCUCCUUACACAAUUGCUGUAUGUAAGAGAGAACUGCAUGCUGCCGUUUUUGCAUGUGCAACUGUCAGACUUGAACCAGGCUGCAGUAGGAAAGAUGCCAUUACUCAUUUCCAGCUGACAAAUUUAGCACUAAGUAUUUUAGUGAAUGGGAUGCAAGACAACUGUUGCUAUGAGGUGCAGUCUGUGUGUAGAGAGUCAUUAAACAUUCUUCAGAUCACAGGAUGUUUUAAUCGGCCAAUUAUUAGAAGGACUCAGCUGCAAGAAAAUGUCACCACGAUAGAUGAGACAGAAUUAGAAGUAGAGAAGGUGAGGAAGGAAAAUAGCAGCUUACAGAGUAGGCUACUAGACUCGGAUUUGGAAAUUCAGAUGCAUAAAAGUAUGGAAGCCUCUUUGAGAAAAGAACUGGAAACUUUAAAGGCUACCAGAUCCGAUGUGGGUACACACUGUACUGAUCCCAUAGUGUAUCUAACAGAUCCAGAAGAUAACAUGCUGCUGACUAAUGAAAAUGAUGACAUGCUGGAGAAUGAAAUUGAGCAAGAUGAAAGUGAGGAGGAUGAGACAAUGAUGACUCGGGCAGCAACAGAGAUAACAGAGGAAAUUACAGAAGACACAUUAAAUAAACAACAAAGUCAGGCUGCAGAAGGGACUGAGCAGGAGGAAGGCACAUCUCAGCAGUCAGUAGACUCUCCGAAGCUGUUGACCAAGAGGGUAAGUAUGUGUAGCUGCU